UGGCAUCGGGACCGGAGGGGACACAGCGGUGGCAUCAGGACGGGAGGGGACACACCGGGGUCCGUCCCCGGGACCCUCCGUUCCCCGCGCUCCGGUGCGCUCCGGCUCCGGCCGCAUUCCUGCCGAGCCGCCCCCGCCGCGGCGGGAAUGCGGCCGCACAAAGGGCGCCGUGUCCCGGCCCCCCCGCCCGCGCCCCCCUCCUCGCCCAUGGCCACACUCAAUGUCCCCUUUGAGCUCCGGCUGCCCGGUGCCCCCACCUGCCCGGCGCCCAUUGGCCCGAGGCCGCGGCUCCGCGGGCAUCGCCCGGUGCCGCCGGCUCUUAAACCUCGGCCCCCGGCCCCCGGCACCCUCCGGCCCGUCGCUCAGCCCUCCAUGCGGCUCGGAGCCGGCCGGUGACAGCAGCCACCAUGUCGCAGGGUGCCGAGGGCAGCGGGUGCCUCCUCCUCCUCGCCGGGCUGCUCGCGGUGCUGGGGCCGUCCCCGACAUCCUCCAUCCACGUGUACACGCAGCGGGAGGUUUACGGCACCGUGGGCUCCCCCGUCACCCUCUCCUGCAGCUUCUGGUCCAGCGAGUGGAUCUCUGAGGACAUCUCCAUCACCUGGCACUUCCAGGCCGAGGGCACCCGUGACAGCACCUCCAUAUUCCACUACGCCAAAGGCCAGCCCUACAUCGAUGACGUGGGCACCUUCAAGGAGCGGAUGGAGUGGGUGGGCAACCCCCGCCGCAAGGACGGCUCCAUUGUCAUCCACAACCUGGACUACACCGACAAUGGCACCUUCACCUGCGACGUCAAGAACCCUCCUGACAUCGUGGGCAAGUCCUCCCAGGUCACGCUCUACGUCUUUGAGAAAGUGCCCACCCGCUAUGGUGUGGUGCUGGGCUCCAUCAUCGGCGGGGCCCUGCUGCUGGUGGCCGUGGUCGUGGCCUUGGUCUAUCUCAUCCGCUACUGCUGGCUGCGGCGGCAGGUGGCCCUGCAGCGACGGCUGAGCGCCAUGGAGAAGGGGAAGCUGCAGCGAUCGGCCAAGGACGCGUCCAAGCGCAGCCGGCAGGCACCGGUGCUCUACGCCAUGCUGGACCACAGCCGCGGCACCAAAGCGGCCAGCGAGAAGAAACCCAAGGGAGCCCCCGGGGACUCCCGCAAGGAUAAGAAAUAGCGGUUAGCGGGCAGGGAAGGUACCGCGGGGGCGGCCGCCGGGGCCCCCCGGCCCCCCAAAGUCGUCAUGACCAUCGAGAUGGAGCUGCGGGGGGAGGGCCCCGAGGCUGCGCGCCCCCCGCCCGCCGUCCGCUCCCCCAGCAGGGGCAGCCUCAAGAGCGCCCUGAUGAACAUCAUCAAGCCCAAUGCCGAGACAUGACGGGGUGCGGCCCCCCCCGGCUCCGGGAAGUAGCCGCCCCGGGGUGGGGGACACGGCGAGGAGCGGGGUGUGGUCCUCGCCCCGUGUCCCCUCCACCUCGGGGACACCCCGGUGUCCCCCCGCCCCGUCCCGAAGCCCCUCGGUCGGUACCUUCCUCUGCGCAACCGCUGCCCUGCCCAGCCCGGGCUCUGAUGUAAUUUUUCUGUUCGAAGAUGCAAACACUGAAUUUUGAGUCUGCCCCCUCCCCAAGAUGCCUCGGUUCCCCCUCCCCAGGGACCUGCAGGGUCCCCGUGGGACCGAGCUGCCCCAGUCCCUUCCUAGUGUCCCCCCCCCAAAACCAAUCUCCGGGAGGGUUUUUCUCUGCCCACGUCGUUGCUCCUUUUCUGGCCGUUUUCUCGUCUCUCCCCACGACCGAGCCCAAAUGACGUCAUGGGGUGGCCCCCCGCCCCGUCCCCUCCGUCCCCCUCCCGUCCCCCAUUAACCCUCCCGCCCCGUAACCCCCGGCCCCCCCCACGUCGACCGAAGCCUCGUGGAGGAGGAGAAGCUGCGGCCCGGCUGGGGGACCCCAGGUGCCCGUCACCCGGUGCCCGUUUUUCUAUGUCCCGUCCGUGUCCCCACGGCACCGUUAAUAAAACUCACAUCUCCAGGA